AUUCCGCCGUUCGGUGUCAUCCCCGGAGAUGUUGUCCCGGGUGAGAGCGGGCUGGGCCUCGGCCAGGUUGCCCGCUUGUGUAACGUACGCGUUGAAGCCAAUGGCGGCUGGUGAGGAGACACCUGUCCUCCGCACGCAUCGCCGGCAUCGAACCUCCGGCCCGCAGUCCGCGGGUGUGAAGGUGCUCUAUGAUGGGCUCUGUCCCAUAUGUGUGACAGAAAUCCGAUUCCUCCAGUUUCUGCAGAGGAACCGGCCUGGGAAAGUGGACUUUGUUGACAUUUCCCUGUUUGGCUACGACGUAGAGAAAAACAAGGAUGUCAGCUACGAGAUGGCCAUGGAGGAAAUGCACGUGAUUGAUGAGAAAGACGAGGUUCAUCGUGGGAUACCUGCCUUUGCAGUCAUGUACAGCGCAGUUGGCCUUGGCUGGUUGGGUCGACUCAUGAUGUGGUCACCUGUGAGACCAUUCAUGGACAAGUCGUACGCCCUCUUUGCCAGGAAUCGCUUAAAGUGGACCGGGCGGGGUGAAGAGUGUGCCAAAGGACGCUGUGAAAAGAAAACAAACUGAGAGGAAAAACCGAAAAAAAAGUAUAAUAUAAUACACUUGUUCUGUUCAGGGUUUUGUGGGUCUCCGAGCUGAAAAAGGGUGUGUGUGUGUGUGUGUGUGUGUGUUCAUGAACACGUUUUCCAAAAAUUAAAGGGAAGUAUGCUUCUAAACAUGAAACUUAAAUAUAAUAUCUUCAUAUAAAAACUUAGGUUGACCCCAAAACACACAUGCCGAUAAAAGGCUUGACUUCAAACAGCGGAGGGCAAUUAUACACAAAAAAUGCACGAUUGGCCUCGUAUCCUGUUGCACAGCGUCUCAGAUCAAGGUCAAUUCAAAAGCGGAUAGAAAAGCAAGCGUAUUAAACUGCCACUAGAUGUCAUUAUAGCGCCUUUUCUAGGAAAGGCGAUUUGUUUUGGCCUACGGUGUGUUUGUGUUGUGCUUUGACGUAAUCAGCAGCUAACUUCAGCUCACAGAGACCCUUGAAAUGUCCCCCCCACCCCCCCAAUCUAAUUUUAGCUCCAACACAUGACUUUAAGCCUGUGUGGUCUUACAAAGCAUUGGCUUAUGCUUGUCCGCCCGUCUACCAGCUCAACCAAUAGCAGUUAAGUACUCCAUGAGAGGAAGGUUGAAUUAAGAAUCAAAACACUGAAGAAAUAGUGGUCCCGACCCCGUGUAAUAAGGGCUGUACUGGAUUUUGAAAUAAAGGAACUUUGAAGAGGAAUUGUGAAGACCGAGGACAAGGUAUUGUGAUUGAGGUAAAUCCUUAGUGAAUGUUUUUAUCUGAUGUGUCCUGCCAAGGUUAAAGUAGCUAUAAGCAACGUUGGUUCAUGACCUUCCCCCACUCAAGUGGGAAAGUCAGGUGCUGUGCCUCUCUUUUCUAAGUCAACAGUUUUCAUGAAUUGAGUUUUCAUUUUACUUUUACAUAGAACAAGAAGAACGUUACACUGUUCCUAAAGCGCUCUCGGGUCUCAAAUUCCCAUCUAACAUUGAGUAAAUAGCAGCUCUAUUUACGGCAUUAAGAGUUCUUAAGUCAUGCACCGAAAUAUCUGGUCUAAGAUUUCUGGGAAGGUCGACGUGCAAUGUUAUUGUGAAAUAUAACAAUUGUGCACUUUUACACACACACACACACACACACACACACACACACACACACACUCUCUCUCUCUUCAAAAAAGUAACUCAUUUGUUAAAUUUGUAUGUUUUGGAUAAAUUAUGAAUAUAAUUUGCAUACAGUUUUCUAGAGGAUGAAUCAUCAUGACUUAAGUGAUCCCUUGACGUUCCCCAACGCCACCAGUGCGAUGUCAUUCUUUGUUGUUAUUAAAAUCUCUCUUCAACUACUGGAUGAACUUCCAUGAA